UCGCUCCGCGCCGCUCGCGCCAUUCGCGCGUCGACCGCUCACCCGACUCGACACUGUUUGUAAAUAAAUCGACCGAUCGAUCCGAGCUCCGAUCAAAAGUAUCAAAUCAUACACAAACAGUGGCGCGAAAUGUAAACUUUUUAUUUUUUUCCUUAUUUUCCAACUGGCCAGUACCAACCUCGGCGAUAGUGUGUUUGAAAAAAGUUAAAAAGUUUUUUCAGUGAUGUGUUGAACCAGGAAAACAAUGAGAAAGUUUUGUUUUGAAGUGGCCGAUACAUUCAGGCGGAUUUGAAUCAUUAGUGUUUGGGCGGCAGCUGCGGCCUCGCAUCAUGACCACCGAGAACGGCUCCAGCAUGGAGAUGGGCACCAGCGACCAGGUGCUGGUGGCAGCCAAACGGAAGAAGACCAUCACCUUCGUGAUCGGAGCAGCGGCCAUGCUGCUGACCGUGGGCGUGGUGAUCACCCUGGUGGUGCUCCUGUCAGGGAACGAAGGCGGCUCAGCCUCGCCCAUCGUGACCCCGCCCGACCCCACCACGCCCUCCACCCCGGGCACGCCCGCGCCCACGCCGGAGACGCCCCCCGCGACCCCCGAGCCCUCGCCGGAGACGACCCCCGGGACCCCCGAGAUCCCGGAGUCCACGCCGGACCCCACUCCUUCUCCCCCUGAGGAGCUGGAGCCGAUACUGCUCGAGGAUAUCAUCAGUGGCGCUUACACGCCCAAUGGAUUCAACGGUUCUUUCACUUCAGGCAAUGAGGUGCUAUUCCGAAGUGGCAGCGGAGACCUGCAGCUGCUGGACGUGGCCGCCGCCUCCGCCACCACGCUCGUGCAGAACAACUCCGAGAUACUACAGCAGUCGUCGCGAGUGGCCAGCCUGUCCGCCGAUGGGUCCCAUGUCGUGCUCGCCUACAACGUGCUGCCGGUAUACCGCUACAGUUUCCUGGCGCGCUACGCGGCCGUGGACUCCACUGGAGCCGUCGUAGACGUGGCUCCCCCAGGAGUGCGUGAAGGCGAAGGUUUCCUACAGAACUUCGUGUGGGGCCCCACAGGGACCGCCUGUGCCUUCGUCUAUCUCAACAACGUGUACUACAAGCCUAAUAUAACGGCUGAGCCGGUCCAACUGUCUGAUACAGGGAAGCUGAAUGUGCUGUAUAACGGGAUUCCGGAUUGGGUUUAUGAAGAGGAAGUCCUCUCCUCCAACAACGCGAUCUGGUUCUCUCCGUCCGGGUCUCAGCUCGCGUACGCCACGUUCGACGACAGUGCUGUGCGCGUGAUGCGCGUGCCGCACUACGGCGUGCCCGGCGCCGUCGAGUACCAGUACACGACGCAUAGGGAGAUACGGUACCCUAAGCCUGGCACCACGAACCCCACGGUGUCGGUGACGCUGCGGGACCUGGAGACCGACGAGCAGGCUGUCUUCACCGCGCCCACCACGCUCGAUCAGCCGAUCCUGAAGGCUGUGAGCUUCGUAUCUACCGGCGGAGUGGCGCUGAUGUGGACCAACCGCGUGCAGGACCGCAUGGCCGUGCUGCUGUGUCGCCCGCCCAGCCAGCAGCCCGAGCAGCCGGAGCAGCCGGAGCAGCCCGCCUGCACGCAGAUCUACUCGUACGACGAGCCGACGGGCUGGAUUGACAACCUGCCCAUGAUCUUUAACAAGGCCGGCAACGCCUUCAUCACCGUCCUGCCUCAGCUAGUGGACGGCACCCUGUACAAGCAGAUAGUGCAAGUGUCGGAUGUGAACGCGAGCCAGUGGACGGCGCGGCUGCUGGCGGGGACUCCCCACACUGUGCAGGAGGUGCUCAAGUGGACCGAUGAUGACGUCAUCUGGUACCGAGCAACAGGCGUGAACGACACAGCAGCACAACACAUCUACACGCUCUCCGCCGGCGAGGUGGCUUGCUUCACGUGCGAGAUCCAAGAUGGCUGCGGGUACAACGACGCCGUAUUAGCUGAAGACGCCCAGCUGGUGGCUGUCACGUGUGGCGGGCCUGGGGUCCCGCAGACUGCGUUGUAUCAUAGCAACGGUUCCCUAGCCCUGGAAUGGGAGAGCAACUCGGAGCUAUCAGCUCUAGUCUCGGCCCGCGCCGUGCCGGUGACGCUGCGUCGCUCCGUGACGCUCGAGGGGUUAACUGCUGACGUGCUGAUACAGGCACCAGCUGAUUAUGUGAACCGGACUGACGUGCCGCUGCUUGUCUAUGUAUACGGCGGCCCAGACACGGCUCUAGUGACCCACCAGUGGACCCUGGACUGGGGCUCGUCGCUAGUGAACCGCUGGGGCGUGGCGGUGGCUCGCAUCGACGGCCGCGGCUCCGGGCUCCGCGGGGUAGAGAAUAUGUUCGCGGUGCAUCGGAAGUUGGGCACCGUCGAGGUGGAAGACCAGAUCGAGGUCACCAAACACCUACAAGAGACCCUAGACUGGGUGGACAGCAACCGCACGUGCGUGUGGGGCUGGUCGUACGGCGGGUACGCGGCGUCGCUGGCCCUCGCUCGCGGCGGCGACGUGUUCCGCUGUGCUAUAGCCGUCGCACCUGUUGUGGACUGGAGGUUCUAUGACACCAUAUACACGGAGCGGUACAUGGACACGCCACAGAACAACCCGGCCGGGUACGCCAACUCCACGCUGCUCACUGAAGAUGUGGUCACAGCAUACCGCAGCAAGCGCUACAUGCUGGUGCACGGCACGAUGGACGACAACGUGCACUACCAACACGCCAUGCACUUGUCUCGCCUGUUGCAGCGCUCUGAUGUCUACUUCACGCAGAUGAGCUACACAGACGAGGACCACGCACUAGUGGGAGUGCGGCCACACUUGUACCACGAGCUAGAGCGGUUCCUGCAGCAGAACAUGCUGUAGAUGAGGAACGCGACCGGCAGACAGGGACACCCUGUAUACAACGUCAGCGGUAGUCAGAAGCAAAGAGUUUCGAAGUGGUGAUGAAUAGGGAUAGUAAUCCUGUAUGCGAGUUGAAAAAAUAAGAUCCUU